CAGUGACUCCCUGCCAUGUUUGAUAACUUGGGAUUAUCUUUUUCAGAUCUUGUCCAGAAGGCCAAAAGAGCAAAGAAGAAAUUGCUGAAACGCGAAGGAGAUGACAGAACUGAUUCUGGAUCUCAGGAACGAUACGAGUCGUUCAGCUAUGGUGGAGUAGAUCCAUACAUGUGGGAGCCCCAGGAAGUAGGUGCUAUGAGAAGCCAUCUUUCUGAUUUCAAGAAACACCGAGCAGCCAGGAUCGAUCACUACGUAGUUGAAGUCAAUAAGUUAAUAAUCAGGCUAGAAAAGCUUACAUCAUUUGACAGAGCAAACACCGAGUCAGCUAAAAUAAGAGCUAUAGAGAAGUCUGUUGUGCCUUGGGUCAGCGACCAGGAUGUUCCCUUCUGCCCAGACUGUGGCACUAAGUUCAGUAUCCGAAACCGACGUCACCAUUGCCGCCUCUGUGGGUCUAUUAUGUGCAAGAAGUGCAUGGAGCUUGUCAGUCUUCCUUUGGCAAGCAAACUCACUAGUGCCAGCAAAGAGGCCUUGGGCUCUCAUACUAGCCCGAACUCCUCACCGAAUAGUGUCCAUGGCUCCCGCCGUGGCAGCAUUAGCAGCAUAAGCAGCGUGAGCUCAGUUCUGGAUGAGAAGGACGAUGACCGAAUCCGUUGCUGUCAGCACUGCAAAGAUACCCUGUUGAAGAGAGAACAACAGAUUGAUGAGAAAGAAUACACUCCAGAGAUCGUGAAACUCUAUGAGAAACUCCGACUCUGCAUGGAGAAGGUUGACCAGAAAGCACCAGAAUACAUAAGGAUGGCAGAAUCACUAAAUGCUGGGGAGACAACCUACAAUCUUGAACGUGCUAAUGACUUGAGGGUGGAGAUUCAAAAAGCAUAUGAAUUCAUAGAUGCCUUAAGUAAGAAGAUUUUGAGUCUAGGCUUGCAUGAAGAUCCCCAACCUCAUCCUAAAACACUACAGCUUCAGAGAAUGAUAAGAUAUUCAGCUACACUUUUUGUUCAGGAAAAACUGCUUGGCCUAAUGUCCCUGCCAACCAGAGAUCAGUAUGAAGAACUGAAGAAGAAAAGGCUGCAUAUGGUGGCUCUCGAAACACAAGGAAAACAAGAGGAAAAGCAGAAGGACUUUAUCUCCAGAUCUGCAGCCACAGUCAAUGGUGAUGCAACACACCUGAAAAAAGGAGCGGUCAGGAAAUCGGAAGGCUGGUUACCUACAUCUAGCAUAUCCAGACAGAGUGAGAUAGCAGACCCACUUCUUCAGCAGAUUGACAAUAUCACAUCCUUUAUUAAGCAAGCAAAGGCAGCUAAUAGGAUAGACGAGGUCCAUAUGUUGCAGGAGAACCUGAGGCAGCUUCAGGAUGAAUAUGAUCAACAACAAACUCUGAAAGCAAUUGAGCUUUCUAAAAAACAGGCAGAAGAGGAAGAGAUGCAGAGGGAGGAACUUCAGAUCCUUCGUGAAAAAGAGUGGGAAAGAGAACACCACAAAUUAAUGUCUCAGCAUUCAAGGACACGUUCCUUAGACUUCAGAGAAGUCAGGCAGCAUCAGCAUGAAGUUGCAAAAGAGAAUCCGAACUUGACAGCACAUGCAUUAGAUCUCGGUACUACUCGGAUCAGAGGGAAUCCAAGUUCUGAAACACCUCUUGUUGAUCAGCUGCCAGCUAAAGAGCACUUAAUCUCCACACUCAGAUCCCAGAGCGUCCCACAGUGUGACAAAGAGCAAGACCGGACAGCCUCUCUGAACCCCUUUGAAGAUGAAGCAGAUACCCCUCAGUUGGAGGAGAACCCUGCCAACCCAUUUGCCAAAGAUGUUUCUCCAGUGGCUUCCUUCUCUAACACAGCUCUGCAAAGUGAUAAAAAAGACUAUAAUCCAUUUGAAAAUGAGGAGGAGGAGGAGGAGGAAACUAAAGGAGCAGCUGGCAGUACUUCGAACCCUUUUGAAGAGGAUGAAAAUCCAUUUCAAAAGCCUGGGGGCAGCUGGAAUUCUGGGAAUCCAUUUGAAGAGGGAUCCUCUACCAAUCCCUUUGAAGUGGAGGAUGGCAAUGAAAUCUCUGGAGAGGAGGCUAUAGAGGAAGAGCUGCUUCUCCAACAGAUAGAUAAUAUCAAAGCUUAUAUAUUUGAUGCCAAGCAUAAUGGACGAAUGGAUGAGGUGGAGGUACUGACAGAGAACUUAAAGGAAUUGAAGCGCACAUUAGCAAAGCAGAAGGAGAAAUCCAACUGCUGAAGCGGCAAUAGGGCUGUGUAAUAAUUACUUUAAGUCUGGUGUUAAAUAUGGGAAGGUAGAUCAGAUACUUAUAGACAGAACAGGUCAUGAGGGAGUUGGGAAAAUCUUGACUUUUAUGCACUUUCAACUAGGCCUUUCCACUACUACUCAGUCUUGAAGAAAGAAUUACUGAGGUGUGCUGCUGGUCUCAAAUGCUUGUAUGAAGAAACUUUACAAUAACUUGUUACAACACUCUUUUAAUGCUAAUUGGUCUUACCGUGUGCUUCCUUUGGUCAAAGUGGUUAAGUGCUAACAGGGAACUAGGAUUUGGCAAUGGUUGCAAUGGUUGGAUUGCCAUCUCCUGUUGUAUUGGCCUUUCAAGUGGGGCAUUGACUAGAGAGACAAAAACUUUUCUAAAACUUCUGCAUCCUCUGAUACUGACACAGUGCAGUGUUUCAGGCUGGCUUGAUUGCCUAAUGGUGUUAGGAGAGAGUGCUGUUAAAAGGCUACUCUUGAUUCUUGAGGUGCAAAAUAUCCAGGCUUGCAGAUCAAUCUUGUGCAAUGCUAAUACCCAAAAGGGAUUUUAAGACUUGGAAGAACUUUAUAACUGAUCUUAAUAUGAUGAACUUUUUAAUGUGUAUAUAAAAUUCCCAAGUGAAGUUUGGAUGUCUUUUCAUCAUUUUCCGUUUCCCAUUUGCUCUGAGCACAAACUACAGUGUAAUAGAGAGCACCGUGCUGGCUUCAGAGACUUGCUUGUGUGGGAACAAAUACCUAGUCGCUGCCAGGGAAAGGAGCAUCAGGUUAGCUCAGUCUCAAACUGUAAUAUAAAGGGUGACCCUCCAACUCCUAAUUAUCUUCUGGAAUCUAUACAUUCCUUUAAACUCUCUGGGUGACAGAAUGAUCAUGCUUGUCGUACUUGUGAGACUGGAACCCUCUUUUUGUAGCACUCAAGGAACAAAAAUCUUGUUUACAAUGAGAGCUGAAGUGCCACUGAACUGGAAUUCUGUGAAAGCUGGGAGACAAAGUCUGUGGCUGCGACAGUGCCAAAUAGCAAUUCUCUUCCAUAUUUGAUUCCCUUCAGAAGCUGUUAGGAGAAUCAGGUGUGUCUGUCAUUAAGACGCUCCAAAUUGGAGUCACCUUGUGGUUCAGGGUGACAGAGCACCUGUGAUGCAGGAGGGCUUAGAGCUGGGGCUUUUUUCUGCAGGCUGGUACCGGAUCACUUUGGGGUUCAGACAGUCUGUGUCUGGGAAAGAUGGAGCCUGAGCUGCUUUGAUUUUUCUCUCUGAAAGGCAGAGCUCCAUCCUCAGGAAUCAGUGUUUUGAAAGGGUGGUGGGGAGUAGUUAGUCUAAAGAGUGUUAUAUAUUUAAAGCUGAAAUAAAGGAAAAUGGGGCAGUUCACACCAUAUAGCACUAAUAAUAGUGGGCUUAUUCAGAAGUGUACAUUUUAGUGGAACGGGACAUGUCUUUUAGCUAUGUCUCUGAUAAUCUAUAUUAGCAUAGCCACAAUGCAAGCAUUGCGUACUGUUUUAGAGACACAAAUAAUUACACUACCCAAAGAACAAAAACUCUAGUUUUAUUUUGCUAUAAAUAAGGGGAAGUAGGGACAUGAGGAACUGCCAUUUAGAAAAAACAAAUGGCCUAUAUCCUCACUUAAUAGCACUAGUAACCAAGAGGAGCCAGCUAAGGACAGCUCGUGUUCUUCCUACUGUAGCCCAAACCCGAAGCUGGAUGGUGCACCAAUCAGGUUGUCUUAAGACCAUGAAGUUUUUAUACUGAGAUGUUUUAUUAGAGUUGAUCGAGUCCCCAAAUGUUGUUUUGCACCAAGUGAAACGAAGAACAGAGGAUUCUGAAAUGUCAUAAACUAGGAUGAGCACUGUGGCACCUGUUACAAAGGCAGGAAAAAAAAAAAGAUGGCUAAACCUAAUCCCUGGAAUGGUUUGUUUCAACACAAGUACUAUAAGGUAGUUACUUAACACAGACUCGUUUCCUAAUCAAGAGGGUUGCUCCCUGCACUGUAACCCAAAGCUUUUUUUAUCAAUAUGAAAAAAUGUUUCAGUGGCUUCAGCUUUCACAUUAAAAGUGUUUUUUCCUUGUUGCAAUUAUCCUGCCUUGUUUGUAUUUUCAGUCUAAUACACUAGUAAUAAAGUAUCCUUAUUGUACAUGUAAUAAUGUAUUUUUACAAGCAGAUAACAGACUAGCAUACCUCAUGAUCUUUGUCAGUGUUAAAUGUGAUAGACUAGACACCCAAUCCUGAAGUCAUCUCCGCAGCAAAGACCUUACGUUGGUACCUUGACUGCUGUGAGGCACAACGCAGUGAAGGCAUCUUAACUGUAAAGCUCAGUAAAUAACUAGCAUUGACUUUUGUUGAAAUUGCAUGCACUACUCUGUAUGGGAACUUUGUAAACAGAUGAAAUAAACCAACAUGUUUAUUUUGUGC